UUUGCUUAUUUUAGCCCAUAGUACUCUCUUGCUCGGUAUUCGUUUUUACCGCCGACGUUUUAUGUUCAUUCAAGUGCGAGCUGUGCUCCAACAAUAAAGCUAACUAGUUUUAUAGGCUUUAGUGAAUUAUGUGUACUGAAAAAUCGGAAAAUAAAGAAAAUGUAAAAUAAAAGUACAUAAUAGUGAAUUAUAAUUCAAAUGACCAGUGAAAUUUUAAAUAGUGUAUAAAUUGUGUGAAUUGAAGAUUUUUUAUACAACUCGAGAGUUGCACUCAAAGCUGGGAAUUAAAGUUUUCACGUAAUAAAUAGUUAUAAAAAAGUUUUUUAAUAAAUAUUUUACUAACCUUUGCUCGGUUUUAUAUACCUACAUUAAGUAUAUUAAAAAUAAUAACUAAUUCAUUAGUUAUUUGAGGUUGAAGUGAAUGAAAUGAAAACUACUACUAGCAAAAGAACGGUUGCGGCCUUUGCAUAGGCUUGGAUUAUAAUUGCAUUACGAAAGUGAAAAUACACAAACGAACGCAUGAGCACAGCUAAAGCAAUCGCGAAUUGUCUCAAAACGACUAACGACGCCAAUUUCUAACGCUCAACAGAAUUUGGAGAUCUCUGUCUUUUAAUUUAUUCACAAUUUAAUUUUUUGGUUUUCAUAAUUUUACCCGAAAAAAUAUCGGCAAGCCUUUAAACGAACGCGCGCGCGCCAAAAAUACUAAUUUACAGUUUCAAGGAGUGUGGCAACACCUCCACUUUACAGCAAACAAUAUUAACAACAACAAAAACAGUGUAAAUAUGCGACGAAUGCCAAAAUUUGACUUAGCGUUAUCAAGCAAAGCGUCGACGCUGCUGCUGGCGCUGCUGUGCGGGCUCGGCUGUCUGGGCUUUAUACGCGCGGAGCGUGAUUUCAACUUUAACGACUCGCAGGUUCCUUUACUUGAACCACGUGACGAACCAGCACACAUCCACUACGGCCAUGAUCCAUAUUCGGUGGAGCUGUCGAGCUGUCGCUCGGAAAACAGCGAAAUUGUGCUCUCUUUAGUGCUCAAAAGCCACGAUUGGACGGAUUUGAGUGAAAAUAGGAAGAACAAAGUUCUAGACAAACUAUCCAAGUUCUUCGCCAUACCGAAGGAAUUCAUCGUUAUGGAAUCUGCCACAAAACGUGAACUCAGCGAAAUGCAGAAGGAGGCAAUACGCAGAGGUUACAACAAGUGCCAUAAUAGCAAUAAACACCCACUGGGACGAGUUAGCUUUGUGCUCGGCUGCGGUUCCAAAUCCUUCACAAUGAGUGAAUCUAUAAAGAAGCAAAUAGGUGCUCAGAUGAAAGACGGUUGUAUUGACAAUAUAACGGGCGAAAAAUUCGGCUGGUGGGUGAUUUGGCGCAAGCUCUACAAAGCGAGAGCGCAACGUAAUCGCCGCCAAGCUGAGGGUUCCGGCGCUGAUGAAGCCGAUGAUGCUGACUAUGAAUACGAGUACGAUGACGAUGAUGAGGACGUUGUGUACGUAUCCAACCCAAUUAAAAAUGAAAACAUAACCGAACCGCCCGUAACCACCACACAUGCGCAUCGUCAUCACCACGGUGUUGGACAGUCGAAUAUCGAGGAUAACAAGCUGGAAUUGUCAGUGGCAUCCUCUUCGCCGACGUCCAGUGGCGCGAACGAGGAUGGCAUACUCGCCGCUGUUGCCGCCGCCUCCUCCUCGUCUAGUGCCGCCAACCAGCCAUCGUCCGAACCGAACAUAUUGCUGUCACAUAUACAGCCGAAUAUCGAUGAGGAGAUUGUUGAGAGUGUUUCCCAACUGGAAUCGGUCAUUACGAAGACUAUUGAAAAUACGAAGAACCUCAAAGAGAUACCGGUUAUCGAAGAAGACGACGAAGAUGCACCGGUUGCCGUCGACAUUGCCAAGGAAUUGGAUGUGCCAAAUGCACUGGAGGAGCUCAAUGGUGGUGAGCUCGGCGGCGGCGCUGACAAUGAUUACGACAAGACUGUGAAUUUAAAUGAACCAAAUCAAGCGCUUACCUCAAAUGCCGUUGGUCAACAAACGGUAAAGGGUGGCCAAAGCACAACAACCGCAGAAAUAACGCAUGACAAUUUCGGUGCGCCAGAGUCCAACGCUUCCGGCGCAGACUUAGACUCAGUGCCGGUUGUUGAGUCCAGCGCCGCGCUAAGUCACAGCUCGCUGGAUCGCGCGCAAACCGAAGCUUCGUUGCUGAAUUCAUACGAUACAACAGCCGCCGCCGUUGAGUUAGAAGCGCGUACCAUAACGCCGGUAGCUAACACACUAGAACCCGCCAUAAGCGGCGUUGAGUUAUCCAAGUCGGAGACGACUUCUUUGUUGCCACCAGCUUUGCACACGCCAGCAAUGAAUGCUUCAACAACACAAGCACCCUAUCUAUUGGCCAAUGCUGUCACGACCUCAUCAUCAUCAUCAUCAUCCUCAUCGUCCUCCUCAUCACCACCAUUAUCGUCAUCUGUUUCGUCCCCCUCUCUGCCUAACUCCUCAUCAAUGCCCUCCUUAUCUUCGUCUACGCCGUCAUCUGUAUUAGCAUCGGCUACGUUGCCGACUUUCAUUUCGUCAACAAUCACAACUUCAUUUGCAACAACUUCUCCAACAACAACAACAACAAUAAAACCAUCAUUCAUCACUACACCAUUGUUAACUAAGUUAGAACGUAUGCAACAACAAUCACAACUACAGCAAAUACUUAAACAAACAACAAAAACAUUUGAUAACAACACUGACGCGACGCUGACGCCAAAGGGCGGCGCAAAUGCGGAAGAAGUCAUUAGAAAUGGCGCAGAGGGCGCAACAACAACAACAAGCGUGCAUCUGUCAAUAGCAGAAACAACAACGAGCAGUGAUAUAACAACAACAACAAUAACCUUAACGACAACAAACGCUGAAGGCGUCAUGAGAAAGGAUGACAAUGAGACAAACACUUUGUUCUCCGAACCAGAUGCGAGUCGCACGCCACCGACUACACCACAAGGUGCCGACGCUGCGUCGCCUACUUCUUCGUUAACCUCACCAACAACUUCCACCUUUGGCACAACACCAACAACCUCCGUCAGCACUGAUGCCACGGCGCCGACGCUGCCCUCUACCGACUAUGUGGAGCCAAAGGCAGAGAAUACACCGCCAAUGAUACGCACACGCCUGCAGAAAUUCGCUGUGACCUCGGGCAAGGCCUUCUCGUACUCAGUGCCGCAGGAUGCCUUCUACGAUACGGAGGAUCUCACAAAUCUACGCUUAGAUUUGACGGAUAAAGAUGAUCGUGAAUUGAAGGCAUCAUCGUGGUUACAAUUCAACCCCGAAACACAUGUACUAUAUGGAUUACCCCUGGAUGAUUCGGUGUCAAAAUGGCAAUACCGUUUAACGGCAACCGACUCUGGCAAUGAUUCAGUAACGGAAACUCUAGAGAUAUCUGUGCAACAGCAUCGCGGUGUGCGUACCGUUAAUCACGAGAUCAGCAUUACCGUCAAGAUCAACGAGAAGAACAUACACAACAUUGACUGGCAGCUGAAAUUAAUGCGCGAUGUUGCCUCAACGCUGGGUGACGAAAACACCAACUCGUUGGUUGUACGCGAAAUACGCCCAAUGCCACAGGAUCCAAAUACCGCUACCUUUGUAUACUUCAAUGAGACCUUCCCCACCAAUGAGUGUCCCGAGGCAGAGCUCAAUAAGCUAGUCAAGCGUUUAGAUGCCAGCCGCUUAAGCGAUUUGGUGUAUCCUACACUGAGUGUGAAAUCCAUAACGGGUCAGUUGAUUGGCGCUUGUCAGAAAUCGCACAUUACCAAACCGAAACCAACGACACAUAUGGCGACAAACGUGCCACCGCUGCCACGCAAUCAAGUGGAUCGCGUUAAUGCUACCGUUGGUCAUUUGCUCGUCUACAAAGUACCCAGCGAUACGUUCUACGAUCCGAACGAUAACGAACAACUGACAUUAACGCUGAAGACGAAGGAUCACAAAGAGCUGAACCCGCGUCAUUGGUUACAGUUCGACUCGAAAAAUCAGGAAUUCUAUGGCAUACCAAAGAGUGGUGAUGCCGGCUCAGAGGAAUACUUGCUCGUAGCACAAGAUGCUGGCGGCCUAAGCGCCACCGACGCUCUGGUUGUGGUGGUGAAUCAUGCGCCGAAGAAAGAAUUUAGUGUCUACUUUAAAGCCUAUCUGGCCAUACGACACGAGCAAUUCAAUGCAGAUCUGCAGCGUAAAUUUGUGGAACGCAUUUCUCAACUGUUCGGCGAUCAAACCACACAAUACGUGCAAAUACGUUCAGUGACAACGCAUCACGACUCGGAUAGCACAAUUGUGAAUUUCUACAAUACGAGCUUGUACAAGUCGCAUAAUCGUUGUCCCGAAGAGGAAAUCGAGGCUGUACGCAGCGUAUACCUAAUUAAGGAUCAUAUGGUGCGCGAUCAUGUGAAAAAGAUUUUAGGACCUGAAUUGAACCUGACCAAUGUGCAAGCAUUGCCGUUAGGCUUGUGCCAUCCACAAACUGAUAUCAUCCACCGCGACUAUGUGCCGACGAAACCCGAUCAGCCAACUCUGAAAUCGAGCUUCAGCGAGGAGUAUAUGUACACAAUCAUUUUGCCAGCGGUGAUUAUUGUCAGCAUGAUCUUAAUUGCUUGUCUCAUUGCGUGUUGUUUACAUCGUCGCCGUCGUAAGAGCGGCAAAAUGGAAUUGGGCGAUGAAGAAGAGCGUAGAUCGUUCCGCAAGAAGAAUAUACCUGUCAUUUUCCAAGAUGAACUGGACGAAAAACCCGAAAUCGGCAAUAAGAGCCCAAUCAUAUUGAAGGACGAGAAGCCGCCAUUGUUGCCACCCUCCUACAAUACGUCCAACAUGAAUGGUGACAACGAUGUGGAUGAAUAUGUGCCACCGCCCGCCGUUGUCGUGGGAGGACGCGAAGCGCGGGGGAAAUCACCAGCAACGCCAUCAUAUCGAAAACCGCCACCAUAUGUUUCGCCAUAAAAAUGUGGUUUGUGGAGAAUGUGGAGUGUGAGAGUGUGGAGAACAAAAGUUUAUGGCAAAAAACGGGAAUCUCCCAACUACUGCUAAACUGCAACAAAAUGGAAACUUUACUACUUAAUUCACUACAUAAACAUUUAUUUUCUUUUUAAGUUAUAUUAUAUACAUAUAUAUAUAUAUUAAGUCUAUACAUAACAUAGGUGAUAGAGCAAAGCUACGAACGACAAUUGAGUAGUGGAAACGGCGAGCAGCUAUUAUUGCGAAUCAUUACAAAAUGGCGCCUCAAACUGUCGGAACAUAUGAACAAAGUUGUUGUAAUUAUUUAACAAUCAAAUAUACAACAAACGUUAACUCAACACAACUACAUGUAAUUAUAUUAUUUUCUUUCUAAUUUAUUACAAAAAAACUCGAAAAAGCUCGACAACUAACGGAUUAAAUACUUUGGCAAAAAAAAAUAAUAAUAGAAAUACAAAUAAAAAUAUUAAGCAUGAUUUGAAAAAAUUUAUGUUAGUGUCUAAAAUGCAUAUAUUUAAUAUACUUUAGCUUAGUUUGUGGGAAACCGCAUAAAUUUACUUUAACUUUCUUUAGAAAUAACGGCAUAAUGUGCACGCAGUAAUUGUGCACAAAUGCACGUUUGUAAACACCCUGUAUGUGCUGACUUUACUCUAAAACUCUAAAAACAAAAAACAAACAAACUUUUGCGUUAAGUGCUAACGGUGCUUCCGCAAACUAAAAUAUAUACAGUUAGAGUAUUUUACAGUUACGAUAUUUUAACUAACGGCGUUGCGUAACAUAGUUGUAUUGUAAUCAAAAUGAAAACGUGUCACAAUCAUUAUUAAUAUGCAUGUGUGUUACUUAAGAUUUUUCACUUGUAUAACAAAGCGAAAGCGAAACAAAAAACAAACAAACAAAACAAAACAAAUUAAUUUAAUAAAGAGCAUAAGUAAGAAAUGUCGGAUAAUCAAGCGCGUUUAUACAAAAGCCAUUUUCGUAUUUUCAUAAAUAUGUAAUGAUGAGUUGAAACGUUUUGUAUUUGUAUUUGUAAGAAGACAAGAAGAAUUGUAGACGUGUGUCUACGCCACAUAAAAAACGCUAAACAACAAUAAAAAGCUAAAUUCAACACACUUUUUUACCUACAAGCACACACUUAGCGUGGUGAAUUGAUUUUUAUAACAGCAUUGAGAUGAUUCGAAAAAUAGUAUUGAGAAGAUUAAAAAAAAAUAUUAAGCAGAUCACGAAACAAAUUUUGAGAAGAUUACGUAAAAAAAAUAUUGAGCGGAUUACGAAAAAAAAUAU